GAGAGCUGUCACAUGAGCGCGCACUAUCCAAUGAAGACCUCCUCAACACUCUGAUCCGGUGCGGAGGAAGACGUUCAGACACCGAGGAAGACCUCAGACCUGUUAGAUUCGCUCCUGAACUUUCUGAAGGACUGGACGGACCUUUAGCUGAAUGAUAAAGACGCGCGUUUGAAGCGACUCACACAUGCUGGACGCGCAGAUUAAUGGAUCUCUAACAGAAGCACAUGAUUUGUUGCCUCAGUCACAGACGCAUCUGUGAGGGUGAUGGACUUCACAGCAGAUGAGGAGCUGGAGGAGUUGUGUCCGGUGUGUGGAGAUAAAGUGUCCGGAUAUCAUUACGGCCUUCUUACCUGCGAAAGCUGUAAGGGGUUUUUCAAGAGGACGGUUCAGAAUAACAAGAGAUACACAUGCACACAGAACCAGGACUGUGGCAUUGACAAAACCCAGAGGAAGAGAUGCCCCUUCUGUCGCUUCCAGAAGUGCCUCAGCGUCGGCAUGAGACUCGAGGCUGUCCGUGCAGAUCGAAUGAGAGGGGGAAGGAACAAGUUCGGCCCCAUGUACAAGCGGGACCGUGCCUUGAAACAACAGAAGAGAGCUUUAAUCAGAGCCAGUGGCUUUAAAAUAGAGGCCAACCCAUCCCUACUGUCCGGCACCCAGACUGAGUACCCGCUUCCCGGAUCGCUCUCAGGUCUCCAUCCCCCUUCCCUGUCCUCUCCGGAGUACGACUGCCCGCCUCUCUGUCCCCCGGCUCUGGGCGUAGCGCUGCAGAGCUAUGGUUCAUUCCCGGCUCAGUAUCAAUACACUGCUCCCUCCUUACCGAGCAGAUCGAUCAAAGCCGAAUACCCAGACGUGUACUCCAGCUCACCAGACUCAUCACUAGGGUACCCGUACCCUGACGGCUGCAUGCCUGCAUCCCCACACACCAGCCCCAUGAACCCUGGUUUGCCCCCACUGGUGCUAGAGCUGGUCAACUGUGAUCCAGAUGAGGAGCAGGUGAAAGCGAAGAUCUGUGCAUACCUUCACCAGGAGCAAAGUGGCAAGGGGAAACUGGACAAACCACGGCCGUUCAGCCUGUUGUGUGUCAUGGCGGACCAGACAUUAUUCUCAAUAGUCGAGUGGGCAAGAAGCUGUGUCUUCUUCAAGGAACUAAAGGUAGGAGAUCAGAUGCGAUUGCUGCAUAACUGCUGGAGUGAGCUGCUGCUUCUCGAUCAUAUCUGCAGACAGGUGCAUCAUGGGAGAGACAACAGUCUGCUACUCAUUACAGGACAGGAGGUUGAUCUGUCUGCGGUGUCUGACGCGGGACCUCCUCUGGCCAGUAUGGUGCAGAGAGGACAGGAGUUGGCCAGGAGACUGCAGUUGCUGCAGGUGGACAGAAGAGAGAUGGCCUGUCUGAAGUUCCUCAUCCUCUUCAACCCCAAUGUGAAGCUCUUGGAGAACCAGCAGUUUGUGGAGAGCGUUCAGGAGCAGGUGAACAGCGCUCUGCUCGAGUACACGCUCUACUCGUACCCUCAGUGUCUGGACCGUUUCAGUCAGCUCAUACUGCGGCUGCCUGAGGUCCGAUCGCUCAGCGCACAGGCCGAGGACUUCCUGUGCUACAAGCAUUUGUGCGGAGAAGUGCCGUGCAACAAUCUGCUCAUAGAAAUGCUUCACGCCAAGAGAUCCACCGCCGUGUGAAAGUGACACUGUUUCGAGGGUUCAAGCCAUAUGCGCAAAAUUGGACGGCGAACAGUUUUCCAAAGCCAAUUCUUUCUUACCUUACGUGAUGAAUGUACAGAGUUUUUUCAUUUGUAUUCUUUUUAAAUCAUUUAAGCAUGACAAUCAUUGGUGGACGCGGAGGCGUUUUUAUAGUGUGUUCUUCUUCGUGCUGUUCAGUUUAUGUUAUUCUCUAGGCUAUGAAGGUAAUUGCAAAAUGUGAAUACUGCAGUCUAAGAGUUUCUGUUAUUUUAUCUUAAUGCUCCCGUGCUUGAGUAUUGUAAUUUCUUUGUUUUCAAAUACAUUUAUUUAGCUGGUAUUUAAAAAACAUUCCAAAAGGGACUGUCCAAAAAUGAAUCAAAUGAAACAAAAGAAGGUAUUUAUUGAAAUUAUGUUAUUAACAGUAUCAAUGGAACUAUUUAAAGCACAUUUUUUACAUAGAUUACACAUUUAUUUGUCUUUCCAUUUAACUGAAAAAAUUUGGUCGCAAUAAAAUAAAAUAAACGACACGUUGCAGUUGUUCGAGGACUGUGUGUGUGGCGGUCUAAAAGCAAUCUUACUUUGAAUGGCCCCGUUUCUAAAGACAGACAUGCUGCUCCGCUCUGAGUGUCUCUUCAGCGCGCCAAUAAAAAGAGGUUAUGGGAAGGUCAGAAAACAUUCACACAUGUUGCCACCUUUGUGAGCGUAUAAAGAGAGAGUGCUUCUUUUCAAAUCCAUUUAAACCAAUUAUUUUUCUAUUCAUUUUUAUUCUAAUCAAGUGUAUUGCUUAAAAAAAUUAAGUAUUCAUAAAUGACUAC